AUGGGGAAGAGUAUAUUGGGAAUAAAUAUCCAAUAUAUUAAAGAUUUUAAAAUUGUGAUAAACACAAUUGGCAUGAUACAAUUGAAAAAGAGGCAUACAGCACAUUUUUUAAAAGAGGAAAUAUUAAAAUGCUUGCAACAAUUCGAUAUUGAUCUUACACAAAUAUAUUCAACUACUUCGGACAACGGGGCAAACAUGUUAAAAGCUUCAAAACUACUUCAACAAGACAUGAUAGAUUUACAAAAUGAUGAAUGCGAAACGACUUCAGAAAAUGAGAAUGAUGACUACGAAUUAGUACACAAUCGCUUGAAUUCAGUACUGGCAGUAGUAAGAUGUGCCGCGCACACAAUUCAAUUGGCGGAAUAUGAUUCUUUCAAGGAAAUGCAAAAUAAACUGGAGGAGUGCAGGAAAAUUGUGAAACUACUUAGGGCUAGCAUAAGAAGUUGUAUCAACUCUGCGGAUAUACGUUUGCCACCAAUUGAUAAUAUAACUCGAUGGAACUCAACAUUUGAAAUGAUAGAAUCCCUUUUGAAUUUUAAACAGCAUAUUAAUGGAAACGAUAUGGGAUUUUCUAUUGACUGUGAAAUUGAUUGGAACUCCAUAGAAGACUUUGUCAAUGCAUUUACACCAAUGGCGCAAUGUACCAAACAACUUCAAGCUGAACAAUACAUUAUCGGCGAUUUUUACAGAGACUGGCUUCUGCACAUAUUAAGAACAAAUGCAGCGCUUAGUUCAUUAAAUGGAGAUGGAAAUUCAUGUAACGAAGGAAUUGACCCUCAAGAGGAUAUACAUGCUUCGCCAAAUGAUCCCCACAACAUGUUAGAAGAAGAGCUAAAUAAUAUGACCAGCAGCCGAUUGACAACUCAAAACAGUGCCAAUAUUCGCCAAAAGCUUGACAAUUUAGCAUACGGCCAAAGAAUGUCUUUCGCAACAAAUGUACUCGGCUAUUGGAAAAAUCUGCAUACUAAAGAAAGAGACUUAUUUAAGCCGUCUGAAGUCAUUUUAGCAGUUCCAUCGAGUCAAGUUUCCGUAGAAAGAGCAUUCAGCGCGCUAUCCACAAUUAUAACAAAGCAGCGCUCAAGACUAAGCAGUGACACAAUUAAUAAUUUAUUGAUUGUAAAGCUGAACAACAAAUUAUUGGAAAAA